CAGCAAUUAAAUCAUGGUUGCGGUUGGUGCUCUUUUUGCUCUAGCCAUCUAUUCUUCCACUUCAGCAGCUCCCGCAUUAGACAGCAAUGGUGGUCAAUGGAUUCGAGAAAACCCCAAUCAGGACAAGUUUUUGGGAAUUUCAUGGGACGCUGCUGCCGGUGUCGUAAACAAAGGUCGAGUAGGGCGAUUUUUAGUCCCUAAGCAGGUGCUAGAAGCAAAAACCCGGAAGGGAAGUGACAUUCAAAGCGAUAUGGUAGUUCUUUUCCAGGAAUCAUGGUGCAGCACUAUGGAUGGCAACACCUUAGCGGACAUUUGUGAGUCAAUGUGCCCGUUGUACUACGGUGGUGCUGAAGUAAAAUAUCGGGUCAACAACAUCGUCAACCUCCAUGGUGCAAACAUCGUGAACGCCGUAAAAUUAGAAGAUGUGAAAGCGAGCAUAUUCGAUUAGGCCGUAGAUGCAAGUGAAUCUGUAUCUAGUGCGUGGAUUGUACGGUGACAUGCGAUUUCCAACACCUUACAGCUACAUACUGUAUAUAAAUCUUCUCCUGCC